GAUGGAGUUCUGGAAAGGGUACCCCAAUGCAGUCUACUCAGUGCGAGACCCGUCGCAGAGCUCAGACGCCAUCUCUCACGGUUCCUGCUCCAGCUAACCCAGGCCAGGGAAAGGCCACCGAUCCUGAGCUUGCAGAAAUGGGACCUCUCCCUGCUUUGCCACUUGUUAAUUCUUGGGCCCUCUGCUAGUACCUGCAUCUCCUUUGAAACUCUGAAGGAUGGAGUCCACAUGCCUCCGACCAGCUACAUGAGGGGAUCCAGGAGCCAGAACAAUUCUCACAGGCAAAGGUUCUGACGUGUACAAAGGGACUUCAGAAUCUUCACAGAAAAUGCAAUUCAAUGUUUCCACUCCUUUUUAUUCACAAACAAAUGGUGAAAGUACUGGUCAUACAUGGAGGAUGACUGAAAAAUCCAAUGGUGUGAAGAGUUCCCCAGCUAAUAAUCACAACAAUCAUGUACCCGCUACCAUCAAAGCCAACGGCAAAGAUGAAAGCAGGACCAGAAGCAGGCCACAGUCUGCAGCUGAUGAUGACACCUCCUCAGAACUACAGAGGCUGGCAGAGAUGGAUGCCCCACAGCAGCGAAGGGGUGGCUUCCGCAGGAUCGUUCGCCUGGUGGGGGUCAUCAGACAGUGGGCGAACAGGAACUUCCGAGAGGAGGAGGCCAGGCCUGAUUCGUUCCUUGAGCGAUUCCGUGGACCAGAGCUCCAGACUGUGACGACACAGCAGGGAGAUGGCAAAGGCGACAAGGACGGCGACGGCAAGGGCACCAAGAAAAAAUUUGAACUAUUUGUCUUGGACCCAGCUGGGGACUGGUACUACCGCUGGCUGUUCGUCAUUGCCAUGCCUGUGCUAUACAACUGGUGUCUGCUGGUGGCCAGAGCCUGUUUCAGUGACUUGCAGAGAGGCUACUUCCUGGUGUGGCUGGUGCUGGACUACUUCUCAGAUGUGGUCUACAUUGCGGAUCUUUUCAUCCGAUUGCGCACAGGUUUCUUGGAGCAGGGGCUGCUAGUGAAAGAUCCCAAGAAAUUGCGAGACAACUACAUCCACACCCUACAGUUCAAGCUAGAUGUGGCUUCCAUCAUUCCCACAGACCUGAUCUAUUUUGCUGUGGGAAUCCACAACCCCGAGCUGCGCUUCAAUCGUCUGCUACAUUUUGCCCGCAUGUUUGAGUUCUUUGAUCGCACUGAAACACGUACCAGUUACCCCAACAUCUUCCGCAUCAGCAACCUAGUCCUCUACAUUUUGGUCAUCAUCCACUGGAAUGCCUGUAUCUACUAUGCAAUCUCCAAGUCCAUUGGCUUUGGGGUUGAUACCUGGGUUUACCCCAAUAUCACUGACCCUGAAUAUGGAUACCUAGCUAGGGAGUAUAUCUAUUGUCUUUACUGGUCCACACUGACCCUCACCACCAUUGGGGAGACACCACCCCCUGUAAAAGAUGAGGAGUACCUAUUUGUUAUCUUUGACUUCCUGAUUGGUGUCCUCAUCUUUGCCACCAUCGUGGGAAAUGUGGGCUCUAUGAUUUCCAAUAUGAAUGCCACCAGGGCAGAAUUCCAGGCCAAAAUUGAUGCUGUCAAGCACUACAUGCAGUUCCGCAAAGUCAGCAAGGAAAUGGAAGCCAAGGUCAUUAAGUGGUUUGACUACCUGUGGACCAAUAAGAAGACUGUAGAUGAGCGGGAAGUCCUCAAGAACCUACCAGCCAAGCUCAGGGCUGAGAUAGCUAUAAAUGUUCACCUGUCCACACUCAAGAAAGUACGCAUCUUCCAGGACUGUGAGGCUGGCCUGCUGGUGGAGCUGGUGCUGAAGCUCCGUCCUCAGGUCUUCAGCCCGGGGGAUUACAUUUGCCGCAAGGGGGACAUUGGCAAGGAGAUGUACAUAAUCAAGGAAGGCAAGUUGGCAGUGGUGGCUGAUGAUGGUGUGACUCAGUAUGCCCUGCUCUCGGCUGGGAGUUGCUUUGGCGAGAUUAGCAUCCUUAACAUUAAAGGCAGCAAAAUGGGCAAUCGACGCACAGCCAAUAUUCGGAGUCUGGGCUACUCAGAUCUCUUCUGCUUGUCCAAGGAUGACCUCAUGGAAGCUGUGACUGAGUAUCCUGACGCCAAGAAGGUCUUGGAGGAGAGGGGUAGGGAGAUCUUAAUGAAGGAGGGGCUGCUGGAUGAGAAUGAGGUGGCAGCCAGCAUGGAGGUAGAUGUGCAAGAGAAGCUAAAGCAGCUGGAGACCAACAUGGAGACCUUGUACACUCGCUUUGGACGCCUGCUGGCAGAGUACACGGGGGCCCAGCAGAAACUCAAGCAGCGCAUCACGGUUCUGGAGGUCAAGAUGAAACAGAACACUGAGGAUGAUUAUUUGUCAGAUGGAAUGAACAGUCCUGAGCCAGCUGCUGCUGAGCAGCCAUAAAGGCUUCUCCAGCCUUGGCCUUGACCCUAAGAGCUAGAAGAGCCAUAUAGAUCUCAAGAUUUGUAUGCGUUGCUAUCAUGCCCACUUGAAUUCUCCCAGAAGCCUCUCUAAUCCUGGGUUUUUGAUCUAAACAUCCUGAAAAUCUCUCCAGAUUUAGCUGAUAGCCAAGCUUGUGGACAGACAUGUUGGCUGGGCUUCCAGGAGCUUCAGCAUGACCCAUUUGAAGAAGGAAGAGGGGAGAGCUAAACUGGCCUCUAGGGGUCUAUCCUGGAUCUGGAAGGCUGGAUACUGAUCUUCUCUGAAGGACUCUAUCUGCAGAACAGUGUGCACCCUGCUGCAAGACUUCCCUGUCUCUGGCUGCUUUGCAUCUAGCCACUCCCCACUUGGUUCUGGUCCAUACUUUUUUAAACAUGUGUUUUGAACACCCCCAUUUAUCCUGAACAUACAUGUAGUUUAAACAUUGGCUUCAGGUUUUGAACUCUGGUACCCAGGCAGGUAAAAUGGUAUGACGGUGGUGGAGGAGAGGGUAGAAGGGUGUUUCCUCAAGUCUGUCUGUUUCUGUUAGACAGUGUAGCCCCUGCCCUGGUGAUUGUCAGGCUCCUGGCUUCUGGUCCAUUCCAGGACAGUGAGUGAGGAGUCAGACAACAGGCAGUUGUCCAGCAGGCAGUGCCACCUGUACAAGGUGGUCAGCAAAUGUGUCUAUCACCCUCUAUGCAGAGUAUUUCUGAGGAGGUCCUGAUGGUUCGUGGUAGGUAGGAGACUCUUUUGGUUAACAUCUGCACUAGAGACACAAGUUAAUAAAAUCCAUUCAAAGUAUUUGUGGUUAUUGCUCAACUCUGCAAUUCAUAUUCUCUCCCCCUCUCUGUCAACUCCUCUCUUUUCUUCACAUUUAUCUUCUCCUCUAAACAGGACUGUUUCUUGCUGGAAUGCUCUGGCAUCUUCCCCUGCCUGCCUAAACAUUAAUAGUUCUUUAGUACUUAGCUCAGGCCACUUGACUGCACCAGCUCCUGAAUAGGCAGUCAGUUCCCUCUUCUAUAGGUUUCCACAGAGCUCAAGAGCCUCUCUGUACUUGCUCUUAUCAUAUUUUGGGCUUGGUUUUGAUGAUUUUCUUUUCUGUCUAGACUGUGGGUCCUUUGAGGGCAAGGCUAAGAAAGUUUCCCUCAUUGCUCUGUCUGCAGCCUCAGUGGCAUGUUUGACACAGAGGGGAUCAUUCAGAGUAGUUAUUCACUAGGGGAGUAGGCAAACACAUGCAUGAGUGAAUGAGAGGAUGAAUGAGUGAGAGAGCCCAACUGACCAAAAUGCCCAUACUUCCACCUGCCAACAUCUGUGUGUUCACAACAUCAGCUCUGUCUGGGUAUUUGGAGAGGCCCUCCUGGAGAAUCAGGUGUCUGAGCUGGGUGUUAUGGGAUGAUCAGGAGCCUAAAGGGCAAGUGCUGAUCAGCAGGGAAGAUCUAGGUACAAAAUCUGUUGCUUUCAUGUUCAGCUAUACUAUUUGCUUACUUAUUUUGCUAAAAUACAUGCAUAAUUUGUACAGUUAAGUAAUGUUAAGUACAUUCAUGAUGAUGUGAAACCAUUCUACAAAACGUUUUUGUCUUGCAAAAUUGAAACUAUACUGUUGAACAAAUUUCCACUCCUCUUGCCCCAGCUCCUGGCAUCAAUCAUUUUACUCUCUGUCUCUAUGAAUUGGACAACUCUAAGGAUCUCAUAUGAGUGGACUCAUACAGCAUCCGUCCUUUAUGUCUGUCUUAUUUGACUGCAUAUACCAUUUCACAAGUUUGUCCAUGUUGUGGCAUGUGUCAGAAGUCACUUCCCUUUUUUCCCUUUUUUUUAAACUUUUAUUUAAUGAAUAUAAAUUUCCAAAGUACAGCUUAUAGAUUACAAUGGCUUCCCCCCCCAUAACGUCCCUCCCACCUGCAACCCUCCCCUUUCUCACUCGCUCUCCCCUUCCAUUCACAUCAAGAUUUUUAAGGUUGAAUAAUAUUACUGUAUUACUACAUUUUUCUUAUUCAUAUAUGUAUGGAUGAAUGUUGUUUCCCUCAUUUGGGUCUUGUGAAUAUUUCCUACUAUCAAGAUAGGUAUACAAAUAUCUCUGAGACACUGUUUUAGUUCUUUUAGGUAUAGACCCAUAAUUGGAAUUACUGGGCAAUAUGGUAAUUCUAUUUUUAAG